AUGACAGAGGCCAUGGUGGAGGGACCCAGACCCUCCUGUGGCAAUAAAAAGGAGAAAGGUUAUGCAGAAGGCUUGGCUGGCACAGUGGAUGCUUGAGGCCUGUCCUCUGCCAGCUGGAUGUGUCCCUUGCCGCUGGCACCAGCUGGAUCUGCCCUGCUGGCCUGCCACCAGGGCCUGUAUCUGUGUGCCCUGCAGACAGCAUCCCUAGGCACAGCCCCUCAGGGUCUAGAGGACUCCYGGAGCCAGAGGCACCCGCCACUGGGGCUGCAUGCCAUCUCCACCGAUGAUGAGAAACUUGCAGCCAAGUACCACCUGAGCAGGAAUGAGAUGGGCAACCAGCCAGAAAGAGCUGGCCAGGGGCCAUUCUUCCCUCCUCACAACAGCUCCUCCCCGACCCUCUGGCUGAAUGGAACRAGUCCUGGUCCCUCAGUUUUCUGCCCCUGCCCUCCUCUCACCCCCAUCUCCAAGGAGCUUCUACUCAGCCUCCACCCCUUCUAUCCUGGGUACCCUCUGYUCCUGCCUCCACCUUACCUGUUCACCUAUGGGGCCCUACCUUCUGUCCAAUGUCCCCAUCUCUUCAUGUUGCCCCAAGACACCUCCUACUCCACCGUGGCUGCAUCCUGCUUGCUGAGGACAGUCAAUGAUCCUGGGCACUACAGUCCCCAGCGGGAGACCUUGCUUCUGCACCCUGGGGCCCUCCAAGCCUCUGGCCAAACCCUGCCCUCCCAGGCUAAGGAUCAAGACCCAGGAGCUGCCCAAACCUCCUCCCUGGGGAUGGGGAGUGCUGGUGUGGCAGCUCCAGCAAAGCGGAUCCCUCUGGGCUCCAGGGAAGGCACUGCAGGGCUGUCCUACCCGCUGAAGAAAGAGAACGGCAAAAUCCUGUAUGAGUGUAAUGUGUGCAGCAAGAGCUUCGGGCAGCUCUCCAACCUCAAGGUCCACCUGCGUGUGCACACCGGGGAGCGUCCAUUCCAGUGUGUCCUGUGCCAGAAGAGCUUCACUCAGCUCGCCCACCUGCAGAAGCACUACCUGGUGCAUACUGGGGAGCGACCCCACGAGUGUGCGAUGUGCCACAAGCGCUUCAGCAGUUCCAGCAACCUCAAGACCCACCUGCGCUUGCACUCCAGAGCCCCGCCUUUCCAAUGCAGUGUCUGCCCAAGUCGCUCCGCCCAGCACAUUCAUCUGAAGCUGCACCAUUGGYUACACAAGCCCCAGCCCUGCGACCUCUUUCACACCCACUUGCCCCUGGCCUCUCUCUCCUCCUGCCUUGCCCAUUGGCACCAGGGAGCACUAGAUCUUGUAAUGGCACCAUCAGAGAAGCAGACAAACGGCCUGAGACAUGGACAAAGUCAAGGUGUCCUCAGCAUCCCAGGGAAAGCCAGGGCAGCGGAUCCGGGUGCUGCCGAGCGCCCCACGGUCCAGUUCCCCGGCCUUGGCCCCGCCAUGACUGAGCGGCGCGGGGGCCUGGGAGCCCACUUGGCCCGCCUGCUGGCUGGACUAGGGGUCCGAAGGGAACGCAGGGGGAAGGAGACCUCAGAGGAGGCCCGAUCCCGGGAUAGGCCCUGGGGUGGCCAGAGCUGCCCUGACCUGGCCCAGGGCCAGGGCAGCACCAGCGAUGUCAGCCUCAAGGUCCAAGCCCAGAGCCAUUCAGAAUGGGAUCUUCGGGUCCACAGCCACGGUGGUUUCUGGAUUCGGAAGCGAGGACGCAUCUCUGGGAGAACCGCUCAGCACUUGGGGCGCUUACAGAGGCCAGCUGUGGGCAGCGCCUCUGACCUGGCCCACUAUGCCCCCCUGGGGUCUGAGAGCCUGGCGCUGGCCGCGGCCUCAGAGGGGCCCACGGGGGCCAGGCCCGCCUCACACCCGGGGCCUGCUCCUCCACAUCAGGGACAGGGAUCCCUGGGCUGCACCUACCCGCAAGCCCCCGGCACAGCCUCGGAGGUCCCGCCGAGACUGGAGCCGCCCGGCGACCUGGAAGACACGCCCCUGGCGCCCCGCCCCGCAUCCCUCGCCACCGCAGAAGGGGCAAAGGGCGAGCCCGACACCCCAAGGCCGGCGCAAUCAGAGCCAGCCCAGGCCCCACACACGCGUCCCUCUGCCAGGAGGACCCGCUACCACAUCACUGUCACCCUGCAGGGGUGCAGGCAGGCACCUAGGGAGGAGGGAGAGGAACCGGCCCAACCAGCUCCCCGCCCCUGCGGCCCUGAGGAAUCCAGGGGCUGGAAGGAGCCUCCCCAGGGGCCCCGCCCCAUCACGGGGUGCCGGGCUGGCCCGCCCCAGGAGCCCCGGCUGAGAGCACCGCCGCUUCAGGGGAGCACGGCUCAGCGGCAGGAGCUCCAGCCUGGCGGAAAACCUGGGUCCCCGCACAGCCGGUGA